AUGCCAACCCACAACCCCCAUCACCAAUCCAAACCACUCUCCAAACCCCUCUCCCUCCUCCUCCUCCUCCCCUUCUUCUCCCUCAUAUCCCCCUCCCUCGCAAACACCGAAAAAGUAAUCUUCACCGCGCCCCCGCCGGCCCCCCUCUCCGGCCUCGAUGCCGCCAUCCACAACAACCUCCCCGUCCUCGGCCCUUCCACAAGCUGGUCCGUACGCACAAACCUCAGCCGCGUCUUCCCGCUCAGUCAGCAAGACGAAGAACCCGGUUACGCCUCAUGGCUGCUGCUCGAUAACCUCACCCCAGGCCAGCGCUAUGAGCUCCGCGUCUGCUGGUCCGCACUUGAACCAACCGCCUUCACCCUAGACACAUACCCCCUCACCACCAUCCUCUCAACCCCAGCACUCCUCCAAUCCCUCACUCAGCACGCCAAAUCAGCAACGCCCCAGCCUCACCAAGAAGAUCACCAUGACCGAAAAGUCUCAUCACCAAGCGACGACAACUCCGCUCUCCUUCUGCGUGUUCUCGCCGCCGCCGACUACUUUUCUCACCACUCAUCGCUCAUGAAGGACCCUCCUCCGGUCCUCGUCGAUCUGAUCUUGGACCCGUAUCUUUACAACGUGCUUCCACAGUCAUUAGUCCCGACGGUGGGCUAUCUCGUUGUCGUCGGUGUCGUGUCAUGCUCUGCCAACAAUGACCAGACAAAGAAGCAAAAUUAG